CAGUACUGAUACUACGCAAGCCGAAAGGAAGAUAUGGGAAACAUAAUGUCGGUGUCGUUUGCUCCAGAAUGUACAGAUGCAAAAACUAAAUACGAUGAUUGUUUCAACAAAUGGUACACUGAGAAAUUUUUGAAGGGCCAAUCUCUUAACAAUGAAUGUUCUGAGUUCUGGGACACUUAUAUCACUUGUAUCAAUGCUAACUUGGCCAAAAAGGGAAUCAAGCCUAUGUUGGACAAAGCUAGAGAAGAUCAGCCUUUUACAUCUGAAGAAAUGAAGGAGAGUGCGGGAACUGCAUCUAAAGAGGAGAAGUAGAAGUGGAUAGUAGCUCCUUUUGAAAUGAUUACCAUUGCUAGUGAGUUAUUCUUGUAUAUAAUUGUAGCUGAAAAGAAUGCCCGGUAUAUAUUUUUAGCAAAAGACACAAUAAAAGUUUGUACACUAAAUACCUUGAAUCCUUGGUAAACUGCAUUAGAUUCCCAGCAAUCAGAAUACAACCUGCUUCAGGUCAAAUCUCUUUCUUUUUUAUAUUAAAUCCAUCGACUGCUUAUAUCAAAUCUACCUCCACUGUGUAUCUGACUGCCACGUCAGAGCGAAUCUUUAGAUCGUGUCAAAUCUUUCCCU